AAUCAACAUGAACUCAAUCAGCAUCAUUGUACCAACCAUUUUCGUGCUCUUGGUCUUGGCCUGUGUCGAAUGUCAAUUGACAUUUUCUCCCGAUUGGGGUAAGAGAUCGGUGGGUGGUGGCUCUGGGUCGAAUACUGGUGCCUUUUUUGAUAGCCAACCGGGUAACUGCAAAACCUCCAAUGAAAUGCUAUUGGAAAUCUUUCGUUUUGUGCAGAAUGAGGCCCAAUUAUUUUUGGAUUGUAAACAUCGGGAAUAAUUCUUUUGAAUUUCAUCGCAACUAAAUACUCUUCAAUAUUAUAUAAGUUUUCAUUCAUUAUAAUAUAAACUAUAUAACAUUUGUAUUGUUUAGUGAAAUAUUAGAAAAUUUAUUUGAGAAAAAAAAAAA